GUAAGAAGAAUCUCAGAACCAAAGAAAAGAGAAGAUCGAGAUUUAGAUUCAGAGCGAGUGAGUGCAAAAAAAAAAAAAAAUGGGGAGUUCCAAGUUCCAACGCAUGUAACGGAAAUAGGGAAGCUGAAGACUCCGCCAUGGAUUCUGCGACGCCAACACACACUGACAGCUCCAAAUCCCAGCCUCCGUUCGCUGUCGCCGAGAAGGUCCUCGCUAAACACAAAGGUCGAUUUUACGAAGCCAAGGUUAGGCAGGUCGAAUUCAAAGAGGGCCAGUGGCACUGUUUUGUUCAUUAUUUGGGUUGGAAGAAAAGGUGGGAAUUUUCUCUCGUCUUACUCGAGAUAUCAGCACCAACUGCGAGCUCGGUUUUCUCAACGUUUCUGUGUGUUUGUUUUUAUUAUUAAAUGCAGCUGGGAUGAAUGGCUUGCAACUGAUUGUUUGAUGAAAGACACAGAGGAGAAUAUGCAGAUAAAGCUCGCCAUUGAUGAGAAAUUUGGUCAUGACAAAAGUACAAAGAUUCACCGUGCAUCCUUCAACAAACCAAAGACUCCUAACAAUGAAAGCAGAGGCAGGAAACGGAAGAGUGAAACUCCAAUUAAGGAAAAACCAGAGGUCCCUUCUGACAAGCUUGUCAGCAUUCAGAUUCCACCAACUCUAAGGAAGCAAUUAGUUGAUGAUUGUGAAUUUAUCACCCAUCUGGGCAAGCUUGUUAAACUUCCUCGCACCCCUAAUGUGAAUGACAUAAUGAAGAAUUAUUUUGAUUACAGAUUGAAGAAAUGUGGCUUGAUAUCAGAUUCAGUUGAAGAAAUUUUGAAAGGAUUGUGUUGUUACUUUGAUAAAGCACUGCCGGUGAAGCUUUUGUACAAGAAUGAGCGUCAACAGUACCAAGAAGCAUGUCCUGAUAAUACCACUCCUUCCACUGUAUAUGGUGCUGAGCAUUUGUUACGUCUAUUUGUUAAGUUGCCUGAGCUGUUGUCCCAUGCUAGCAUUGAAGAGGAGUCAAUGACAGAACUCCAAGCCCAAUUAGUUGACAUUCUAAGGUUCUUGCAAAGAAAUCAGAGUACAUAUUUCCUUUCUACUUAUCAUGUCCCUGAUGAUAUUGAGAACAGCACCAACAAACAAGUUUCAGGGUAAAAGAAAGAGUAACACAUACUGAAGGAAUAUGCAUAUGCUGCUGAGUGCUGACCCUCAUUUGUAGAUUCAGUGAUUCUGAAAUUUGUAUUAGUGUAGGUACAAUUAUCUUUAGUAUUCUCUUGUAUUCCAUUCUUUUACGGUCAAUUUUUCACAACGCUUUAGAUUUUAAAUCCA